AUGGAUCCUCCGCGCGCCACCACCGAUCCUAUGGCUGAUCCGACAAGUCCCUAUUAUGUACAUCCCAUCAACGGUCCUUCAUUUGUAUCCAUCACACAAGUUCUCAUUGGUUCGAACUAUCACAGCUGGGCGCGAUCAAUGCGUAGAGCUUUUGGCGGUAAGAUGAAGUUUGAUUUCGUCGACGACAUAAUUCCGGUUCCAACAGAUACUUUUGAUCCAUCUUUCCAUGCUUGGACUCGCUGCAACAUGUUGGUUCAUUCUUGGAUUAUGCGCUCUGUGUCAGAUUCUAUUGGUCAAUCGAUAGUUUUCAUGGAAAAUGCCAUUGAUGUUUGGAAUGAUUUGAGAGAGCGAUUUGCACAAGGAGAUUUGGUCCGCAUCUCCGAAUUACAACAAGAAAUCUAUUCUUUAAAGCAAAAUAAUCGAACGGUAACAAAUUUUUUUCUCAACUCAAGAUUCUUUGGGAAGAACUUGAAAUAUUUCAAUGUUGUCAAAUCCCAAAUUCUAUUCCUUGAUCCUUUACCAACACUGAACAAAUUUUUUUCCAUGGUGAUUCAGCAUGAGCGCCAGACCACACCCAUUCCUGCUCCCGUUGAUGAAGAAUCGAAGGUUUUGAUCAAUACUGCUGAUCAGAGAAAACCUCCUUUCAAGAAAUAUAGGCAGAAAGUUUGCACUUUUUAUGGCAAAUUAGGUCACACAGUUGACACUUGCUAUCGCAAACAUGGUGUACCUCCUCACUUGCAGCGCAAUUCCAACUCCAAUGCUCACAACGCUAGUACUGAGAAUCCUGAUAAUCUCAGUCCUGACACACCUUGUGACCCUAAUACACAACCUUUACCUCAACUUACUACAGAACAAUACCAAACACUCAUUUCUCUUCUUCAGAAUUCCAAUGUUAACAAACAGCCUAGUGCUUCGAAUCAGGUGAGGACUUUCCAUUCUGCAGCCAAUACAGUCCAAUUCACCAAUUCUCAUUGUUUGAUUCACGAACCUCAAUUACUGAAGAUGAUUGGUUCAGCCGAAUACAUUGAAGGCUUGUACCAUAGGAAUCUGUCCAAUAUGAAGUUGGCUAAUGCUAUUGGUGUUCCUACUGCUAAUGCUAUCUGUCGCUACCGCGAAAAUUAA